CAAAACAUAACAUGGCGAAGUCGCUGCAGCUGGCUUUGUUGAUCACAGGAUUCUUAAUGGGUUUUCUUUUCGCUGAAUGCUUUGCACAGCGCCAGAUAUGCUCUUAUUAUGGUAGUGAAAGGAAACCCAAAGAAGCUUACAGCCUCUCCAACUGUACAUGGUAUAGAGAGAGUUCCUGCUGCACAAGGACAGAAGUAACGUCAUCAUUUUUAGGAAUGCCUCACCUGGCAACUUCCAGUGAUGACUGCCGAAACCGCAUGAAUUACAUGAUGUGCUACUUCUGCAGCCCAGAUCAGUACAAAUGGUUGAAAGAAGGCAAAGUUCACAUCUGUAAAAGUUUCUGUGAUGAUAUCUACACCCAUUGCAAGGAUGCAAAAUAUGAUGGAAAUUCCAUUGGGACUAAGUAUUCUAAUGGAAAACAUUUUUGUGAAGCGCAAUUUUUCCAAGUGGUAGAUGAAGACUGCUUUGAGUUUGAUGAAGAAAUCUUUGCAAAUGGAUCAUUGCAUCCAGCCUUUUCAAACUUCUUAAAGGUGCUUGUCGUAGUCAAUCUGAUGAAGAACCUUUUGAGGACUUGAUAAGCUGUGAACUGUGCUAUUUACUGUCACACAUCAAUAAUAGUGGGCUAUCUUGGAAAUAAAGUGAGAUAGAUUAGUUAGCCCAAGAUAAUCAAUCCAUGUGCUGCAGUUUGGAGGGAUGCAAAUUCAGUUUGUCACUGCUGUUGUAAUGUAAGAGAAUAAUGACUACUUUAAAUGCAACUCAGCAAGGCUCUCAGAGUAGUACCUAAUGAGCAAUUAACCCUUUCACUCAAGAUCUGGUUAUUAAUUCUCCCCUCUAGCAGCUACACAUGUCAUUGUAAUUUAGUAAGGAGAAUUUUCUGUUAGAUCAAGGUAAAGAAAACUACCUCAUAAAUUACCUUAUAUUCAGUUUGAAGCUAUCAUUCUCUUACCCUCAUGGGUUCAGACUUCAAUAAAACCAUGGUGCAUUAUCCCCAAUAUCAAAUUACUGCUGAUUCCUUUAUGUUUCUCUCAUUUCAAAAAUUUUAUAUGAUUUUAAUAUAAUGUGCAAAAAUUGAUCUUAGACCUGAAUAUUUCAAAUUACA